AUGAUCACGUCGCCGCCAUCGAGCCUGCCCCGACCGGUAGCAGCGUCGUCAGCCUGCCAGCGCCCGCCGUCGCCGCCGACACGGUGCGACGCGCCAGUUGUUUUGACGUAUACCGACGGGAGCCCGCCGCCGAGUCCCGAGUGCCAGGCCGUCGCACUUCGCUCGCCGGUGCGCGACGCGCCGUCGACAGUCCUUGAUACGACCUCGAUCCACGAAACCAUGGCUCUGCCCCGCCACACGCAUUCCUCGACGACCGACGCGACGAUCCUCGCAUAUCUCCGUCAACGGGCCAUCCAGACACCGGACCGCGUCUGCUACCUCUUUGUCGACGACGACGGCAACGAAGUCCGGUCGCUCACUUACGCCAAUGUCGACGCUGAAGCCCGGCGCAUCGCCAGCGUCCUCCAGCACCAGUCCAAGACGUCGUCGUUCACACCGGGUGACCGCGUCCUGCUCUGCUUCCCGCCCGGUGCCGACUUUACCGUAGCGUUCUGGGGGUGUCUCUACGCCGGCGCGAUCGCCUGCGCCGUGCACCCGCCAGACCCGCACUUCUUGUCCCGGGACAUUGUUCGGUUUCAGCGCAUGGUCGACGAGACUGGCGCGUCGCUCGUCUUGACCAACACGUUGUACCGGCGGCAGAGUCAACGCAGUACGCUCUCGGCGCGACUGCGCACCCGGCGGGGCGUCGAGUGGCCGAAACACUUGCACUGGAUCUGCACCGACACCACCCAGUCGAUUCUCUCCAAGCCGACGUUCCAUGCCACCUACUAUACCAGUGUGUCGGACCGCGACGUAGCGUAUCUCCAGUACACGUCGGGGGUCACGGGCGACGCCAAGCCGGUCGUUGUGACGCACGGCAACCUUCUCGCGCAAGCGAAAAGGUGGGCAACCGCGCAAGAGGGCGACACGGUCCUCUCGUGGUUGCCGCCAUGCGACAGCAACGGCCUCGUCGGCUUUAACCUCGCACCGGUGUAUGCAGGUGCGCGCUCGGUGCAGAUGCCACCCGCCGGGUUUUUCAAGACGCCGUCGCUUUGGAUGGCGCUCUGUUCCAAGUACAAGGCGUCCAUGACGUGUGCGCCCAACUCGGGGUAUCGCGCGGCCGCCACCAAGACGCCGGACGCAGUCGCUGCCGGCAUCGAUCUCAGCGCACUGCGACAUGCGCUUGUCAUCGGCGAUGCAAUUCGCGGCGACUGCCUCAAGCAAUUUGCCAAGCGGUUUGCCGUCGCCGGCUUUCGCCCACACCAACUGCACUGCGCGUAUGGGACUGCCGAAACAACGACGUUGCUCUGCGGCUACGACGCAAACGACCGAAGCGCACCUCGAAGUCUCCUUGUCGACAAGCACCUAUUGGAAACGGAAGGCCGGGUCCAGUUGCUGCGCGCGGACGACCCACGCCGGGUCUCGGGCUCUGGCACGCAACUGCUCAUGGCCUGCGGACGCCCCUUUCCCGGAGUUGCGCUGUGCAUCGUCGACACGACGGCGCGGAAAGCGCUGCCCGAAGGCUACGUCGGCGAGAUCUGGGUUCGCAGCGACGGCGUCGGCGACGGCUACUGGCAGCAGUGGGACCGUACCCGGCGCCAGUUCCAGGCGACGCUGGCAACCGACGCUGCACACUACUACCGGACGUCGGAUACGGGGUUUCUCCACAACGGCGAGCUCUUUUUUUACGCCCGGCGCGACGAGAUUGCAAUUGUCGAUGGCCGGCGCCUCCGUCUCCCGGCGAUCGAGCGCAGCGUCGAGGCGGCGUCCGCACACAUCUCGUACGACGGUGUCUUUGCUUUUGGGUUCGCCGACACGAUCGUCGUCGUCGCCGAGCUCGACGACGUCUGGCCAUCGAACGACGGCAAGGCGACGCUGGGCGCGAUCGCCAAAGCCAUUUUUCGCCACCUCACGGCCGACCACGGCGUCGCGCACAUGAAAGCGAUCCUUGUCGCACCGGCUUCGCUGCCACGCACGGCGAGCGGGCUGCUGCUCCGAGCGGCGGCGAAGAAGCAGCUCGAGCUCCAUUUGCUCCCAAAGCAGUUUGUGGCCUACAACCACAACCCUGAAGCCCACUUGCGCGAGAGUUUUUGCGCCUCGACUAGCCGGUUCUCGUUCAACGCGCAGCGUCAGGUUACGUGA